GUGAACUACUGAACGUCUACAAACACAGCUUCUGAGACUUUCCGGGCAGUCUCUCUGUUGCUACAAAAGUUAUUUGAAGUGUAAGCAUAACUUAAUGUGGAAUUUUUAUUGGAACAAGUCGAGCACUCGAAGCGUUGGCAUCUCUAAACGUGUGUUUUUAGUUUAGCAGUUACGAUAUGGCUGGCUGCUGACUGGAAGCUUACCGAGCACAAGAAGCCAGCCUUAUCCAGAAAGUUCCAGGAACUUCUUGUUUCUAUGACAACAGACUCGUCUAAGGAAAGAGCAAGUCUUGAUUCCAUUUUACAGAAAUGCGACUCCUUACACACAGACAACGAGAUGACGUCACGGGAACGCUGCCAAGCCUUGUUAUGGGAGUGCCAGGCUACCAAGGAUUUAGACAAGCUAAAUGUCGAUAAGAAAGCAAUCGUGGAAUCAGAAAAGACAAAGGCACAGCACGCCAUUUUGAUGGGAUCUGUUUCUGUUGCUGCUAACGUCAAAGGAUUCCUUAAACAAGCUCAAGCUCCAGCUGAAGGAAAAUUUGUGCAGGAUACAAAACCACGUGACACCAUAAACAAAUCUCUUGAAACGGAACCUCAAAGCAUUGAGCAGGAAAUAGAUCAUAAUAAGGAUAAACAAACCAACCCCAAGGCUCCCUCGCCUGCUGGCAGUAUGUUUUCACAUUAUCACAACCCAGCUGAUCCGAGUAUGGUGUUUACCCCGAUCAGCGGUCACCCGAACCCUAACCAUCAAUCAAGCUUCCCAGGUGGCCAAUCACAGACAUCAACGCCAACCUUUUUCCCGAUUGCUGUUCCUGUUCCAACUGCUGGAACCCCUCCAAUGUGGUAUAUGACUCCUUCGGGAAUGGUUCCAUUUGGCCCCAUGGGGCACCACCCUGGGUACUUUGUACCAGUGAACCAGGGAUCUGCGUCAUCUGUGGUGUCUGACAGUGAAAUUAGUGGAAUAUGCGAGAUGGCACCCAAAGAAAUAAGUCGCGAUUCUCACCCAAGCACACCUAUGUCAGAAACAAGUCAUGAAUCUAGUGCAUCAAAAACAACUCGAAGUAUUACCCCUAGCACCAAAUCCAAGAUACCUCGUCCAAUACGAGACCCUAAUAGGCGUAGCCCAAGACCUCCGAACUCACACAAACCAAGAAAUUCACCCAAAUCCUUUACAACAACAGGGCCAUCCGAACGUUCUCAAGUACGCAAAGGUAUCAAAGAGGAAAUCGAUAUUUCACCUAUUAAAGAAUCAUUCAGAAGUACACAUGAAAAUAGUACCAAGACAAGUUCAUAUCGUUCUCAUACUCCUCCCAUUAGGCUAAGAUCUGGAAGUGUUGAACUGGAACGAGAGGAACUAAGAAGACCCAGACCUCGCUCAUCAACAGGAUCGCUGGUUUCCACUCCCCCAUCUGGAGAAAGGACAUCACGGCCUUCUAGCCCGGUAACCUAUGGCAACAGAAGUGAAAGAUCUCGUCCUUCAAGCCCUAGUUUCUCAGAAGGACGUUCUGGCUCACGCCCGUCCAGUCCGGUGGGCUCUAGGUCAUCCAGUCCUGUAGCAGCACUUAUUUCAAGGUUUGAAGACUUGUCUACCAAACAACAACCCAGUGAACACUCACAGUCCGUUUCAAACCUUUUGUCAAAGUUUGGCUCGUCAUCUUUAUUGCCUGACGAUCUGCUUACAAAAAAGCAAUUCAAGGCCAACGCUCCUCAAACCAAAGAGCGUGAUUAUCAUGGACGAUCUGGACCUUUUAGACCUACCUCUGCUGCAGACCAAUAUUUAAAUGAGUUGCCCACUGACACUGAUGAAGCUCUGUCCAAAUCCUGGCAUGCAAAGCCUACACAAAAGCGAUCGAGUCAAAAUGAUGCACCUUCUCUGAAGAGUGAUGAUUCUCCACCGUCUAGAAAUCUCCGUAACAAAGAAACUAGCUCAAAUCGACAAAGAACCCAAAGUUCUGAUGGUGGUUUAUCAAUGCAAAACCGGAAUCGGUUGGCUUUGUCUCUAGAAAACAUCUAUGGAGUUUCGUAUGAGGAAGAGAAGCGGCAAACUACAGAGCAAUAUUCGAUGGUGAGGAAUCGUGAGAGGUCUUGGGCAUCAAUGGAAAAUGUGCACAAACCAAGUAAUGAAGAACAAAAAGUGGGCUACAGAAUUAGGUCAUCAACAUCAGCAGAAAACCUUAGUAAAGAAGACACAGACAUGGAUCGUGCAUCGAAGGAUCUCGGGGUAGCAUCCGUUAAAUCUCAAGGACUCAGGAAAUUAUUGGAAGAAAAUCUUUAUGCAAAAGAUAGAGGCAUGAGCAAGGAUAAACUUGCAUUGAGUAAGAAAUUAUCCUUAGAGAGAACAGGACAUGGUCUAUUCGAAUUCGGGAAUAAGACAAUUCCAAUCAUGAACGCAGACAAUACCUAUCCUGAAUAUUUAACAGACAAGAAAAGUGUAUCCAAUACUUCAGAACAUAAUCAAGAGUUAAAUAUCGGUACACUAGAAACUACGAAAGAAUCAGUUUUUAAAACCAAUGUUAUGAAACCUGAAAGAGAUUACCAACAAGACUAUCCUAAAGAACUAGUUUCUCCUUCUGGUCGUUCGCGAUUUGAAAUCCCAGUAGCAAUAGCUGUAAUGGACGGCGAAAGAGAAAUUAUGAGUUCUAGUGCAUUUGCCCCAUCUUUAUUCAGUCCUUCGUCUUCUAUUAAAGAUAAAGCGUUCUUUCAGCAUCCCAUAAAGCUGGAAAAAGAAACUGCCCCUCUGAGUCCACCAACACCUCUAUCACCCUCGGUGAAAGACUGUAGACCAACGAGUUAUUUUUCCAGUUUAUCGUUUUCGGAUAUUGCGAUGAAGCCGGAGAAAGAUACAGCACUUGAUCGGAACAGGAAAGAUGAUACAGGGCAUCACCCUAGAGCCACAUCAUACCAAGUGGAUUCUGAUGGGGUUGGUGUUGAGCAUCAUGACAAGCAGAAAAAACCAGACAUUAUUGAAUUGGUUGACAAAAAUUCAAAUAUUGAAAACUUGGACUUUAACAAUACUAGUUCUUCUAGGAAGAACAUUGACAAAGGUGACUCCUCCUCAAGAAACCCCUUAGCUAAUUCUAACGAUUAUUUGGAACGUUUUCAAAAGAGGCUGACGAAAACUAACUCAUUGGAGAAUAUAAGACAAGACACGGAGAGUCAAAUAAGCUUGGAUUAUAAUGAUUCCAAGCCAAAAGCCUUUGAAGACAAUGCCCCUUCCACGAAACCUCAUUUCACAAUAAGAGAAUCUGUUGGGAAAUUGUCGGCUGACUCUUUAGGACAUCCCUUAGAGAAUUUUGGAACCAUUCGUCAAGACAAAGGAACGCUUUCUUCAUUGGAUUCACAAGGUUUUCGUGGUACUAGAAGCUCUCAGACAGAAGCUGAAGGUAAAGGAAUCAACAACGAGAGAAGCCCUAGUGACACUGGUGGAAAAGAAAGAAGCACUUCAAAUGACACCCAACAAAGAUCAAGACCAUCGAGGGUAGAUGAAACUUCAGCAACAUCAACACAACAGCAAAGUACUCAGCCUGGUAGUAGUGCAUCUUCUCAACCUUCGAGCGUAGCCAACACCCAAGGAAAUCCGAAGCCACCUGCAAAUAAGCCAUCCAGCGUCCCUAACACCCCAACAUCUGGCAGCUCGAAAAACUCUAAAUUUUUUAGCUAUACGAGACGACAAAGUUCUCCUCAGGUAACACCCUUGUCAGAAGAAAAGUCAGCGAAGCAAGAUACUUCUAGCUCAUCAAAGUUGCAGGAUCGAAAGCUUACUAAACAAAGUUUCAAACCGAAAAGUCCUGCCCCUUCUACCAAUCCUCGCGCAACUAGUCGUAAUCGUCAUUCAACCGCAGCCGAACAGAGCACUUUUGACUUUUCUGGAAAGGCUUUGCUAGAAAAGGUGGUAGGCAAUGUUACUAUUGACAAGCAGGUAAACUGGAACACGCGACAUGAAAAGGUAGCCAAAACCCAAUCAGUUCCUGUCAAUGUUGAGCACAUGCUGUCAAAGAAAACGCAAGACAAUAAUACACGAACCGAUUCUUCCGACUUGACAUCUUCAAAAUGGGGAAACGUUAGGCAGUUGGUUUUAAGAAGCCCAACGUCACCGACUUCAUCUAAUUCAUCUUCGUCAUCAUCUUCACCAAGGCUUCCUCUAAACAAAUCUAUGUUUUAUUUUCCUCAAAGUGAAAGAGCAGAAAAACAACUCUCACCAACAGAACAGCUGAACAGCUCGGGUCAGAAGGGUUUUGUCAUAACUGACACUAGUAGACAAAGUAAAGUGAAGAGUCCCAAUACAGAAAGAAGCGACAAUUUGGUUUAUCAAAAAGACUCAAGUUCCUUGAACGAAAUAGAAAAGAAGGAAAGGAAAAAGAAAAAUGGGACUGUUGAAAAAACUAACUUUAAAAAUCCUUCUGCAGGAGCCGAUUUGGCAACUGAAUUAAAUGUCGAUGAAACAAAAUCCAUGAAAAGUAAAGAAAAGAGUUCGAUGAUGAACAAGGUAGCUAAACUAACAACCAAAGCAGAUAGUGUUAACAUUGCUUUAGACAAAAAAGAAAUCACUGCACGUGCAGAGAGUCAAUCCUCAAUUAUUACACAACCGAGCAAGUACGAUCAUAACAAUAUGAACUUACAAAAUGAAGACGUGAAAAAUAAAGAACAAGGAAUAGAAAAGAAGUUAGAGAAGAGUAGCCGUAGAAAUUGUCACAACUCAGAAAAUUUGGAAGAAAUUGAGAGAAGUCCCGCAAGCAAAGAAAGUAAUGCCGAAAGCGAUAGUCAGGGGGAGGUUUCGAGCGAGAGGAGAGGUUCAUUCGAUCUUCGACAGAUUUAUAACUCUGCACGAAGAGCAUCCCUCACACCUCGACCUGACACUGCAUCCCCUAGAUUAUCGCCCAGUUCCUCUACCGCUAGUCGACCUAAUUCUGCACUUGAUAAAAGACCACCGUCACCAGGCAGACUAGACUCCAAGGAGCUUUUGGGUCAUUUUGUUAAAAAGAUGCUUAAUUCAGCAAAUGCAGCAAAACCCAAUGGUGGCUCCCCAAGUUCUUCAUUUGCUGACGGAGCCUCUCAGCAAAGUAGAGAGCCAUUGAAAACGGACGUUUUAGGCAAAUAUGCGUUAAGUCCUCGAGADAGGAAGAAAUCUACGGGAAAUAAGCACCUGCAGGACAGAAAGGAAUCUCUUGAGAGAAAAGAAGAAAGCGCUGCUGGAAGAAGAGAGAGAAAAGUGUCUCAUGAAAGAGUACAGCAGCAUUUAGAUCAGGAAAGACAUGACAAGACGAGAGAAAGGAAAGAAUCCUAUGAGAGGAAACAGCAGAAUGAAAACCAAGGACGAAAUGAUGCGGCAAAUGAGGGGAACGGAUCACAUGACAAAGAACAUCAGCUUGACAACCAAGGACGAAUUGAUGUAGUAAGAGAGAGAAAAACAUCUCAUGAACGAAUUAAACAAAAGAAUAAAGAUCGGGAGAAGAUCAACCCCAAGACAGAUAGAACGAUAUGUAACGACAAAGAACACUUGAACGAAAGAGUGGAAGCUGCAGAGAGAAGACUAUCUCAUGAAAAAGAUAAGCAAGAGUCUUUAAAUACUUCUAGAGAAAACGAAGUCCUUAACAAACUAGUCGAUAUGAUACACGAUGAAUUUGCUUUCGAUGGUUACCUUGACGACGGCGUAGAAGAUGUCAAUAUGGGUGAAUAUGUGAUGUCUCUAUCUGGGAUGAGCGAGGACAUGUUCAAAGAGUCUGUCAGAGACCAGUACAGUGACUUGUACUGGGAUGAUGAUUUGCUUCAAGACAUGUACAUCCUGGUCAAUAGGAAACUCACUUCACGAAGACCCACUCUGAGAUUCUCCGAGAGCAUUGCCAGUGAUGUGAGUCGACCAGGUUCAUCACUGUCCAUGGAUUCUAAUCCCGACGCUAGUCACCUGUCCACCAGGUCUGUCUCACGUACCAGCAGUGAAAGGAGCUUUCUUGAGACCAGAGACUACGUGAUGUCAUCACUUGGAGAGCCAACACAGUUCCUACCAUUCAAAAUGAUCUGUCCCGAGAUAACUAGAGAUAUCAUUGAAGAAUUAGGACCAGUGUUUGAAGAUUAUCAAAAGGAAAUGAAAAUCAAGUUAGCGCCCAGUAUAAGUGAGCUAAUGGAGAAACUGGGAGCCAAGAUUCUGGAAAUUGGCCAACAGUUAACUCUAGAGCGUAAGGCAAAAAAGAAAAACAUCUCUUCGUUCAAGAAGAUGGCAGAUAUUGAUAAUAAAAAAGAUGUGAAAGAUCUGGCCGGUAAACUGUUACAAGAAAUCGAAGAAAGCGACAAAAAAAUCAUAUAUUUGAAAUAUAUCCAGAGACGACUUAGGAACAUCUAUGCAGAACGAUUUGGUUUGGAUCAUUCUUUGCUUUAUUCCUUCGUCAGCAGCUAUGGUAUUGAGAACGUGUCUCUAGAGCCCAAGAGACAAAACAACCUCUUGAGUUUCUCUCCGCUUUGGGACCAGCGAGGUAACCAGUCAUCAGAAGCUCACGGUGAAUCGAUACGAGGUCCUGUGCUACAGUACGGCACCACCCAGGGUCUGUUCUCUUAUCUGUUUGCAAGGUACUCCAUGAGCCAAGCCUUUGUACGAUUCUUCCUGUACACCUUCCGUUAUUGCGCAUCACCCGACGAGUUGUUUGAUUUCAUCCGUGACAAGUGCAGAGCAUCUUUGAGAGCUGAGACAGGAUCCGACAAGACUUACAACCAUCAACUUCAGAUUCGUUAUCGUGCACUUGAUCUCCUGGCUGAAUGGGUUGACUGCUGCUUUCAGUUUGACUUUAAGACAAAUCCUGGGCUGCUGGAAAGUCUUUUCGCUUUUCUCGACAAAGAGCUAAUACCAGUGGACAAAACUGAACGUGGUAAAAUGCUGGUGGAGCUGAUAACAGAAAAACAGCGAAAAGACGAAGAAGAACACAUCGAAGAGACGACGGACACCCUUGCUGUGUUACAGACAGACGACAACCAGGGUUUGGUAUCAGAGAAAGAGUCACCUAAAAAGUUUCCAAUUAAACGCAAGAAGUCACCAGUGCAGUGCUUCAAGCGCGGCUCACCUCAAGCCUCCUCUAUCUACAAACCAACAAUAUACCUUAAAGCCAUGUCUGUUAUUGAUCAUUCAUCGAGAACCAUAGCAGAACAACUGACUCUUAUACAACAGGAUGUCUUUGCACACGCACACUCCAUCCACUUCCUCAAUUCCCGUACUCUGGGGAUAGGGGUGGGGAGACUUUCGCCGACCAAGGAAACCACUCAACUUGACAGCAUGCUUGGGUUUAGUGCGGGCAGGCGAAGGAGUAUCUCAUCAGAAACUCUAAACACAGACAACCCAAGUCCAAGGACGUCAGGAGAGAAUAGCCUGUUUGUGUGUCAGGCUAUCACGGAUGGGUGUCUGGAAGGCUUGCUAAUGCAUGCACAAGACGUAUCUAUGUGGGUGGCGGUGGAGUUAUGUAGUGCACCUUCUGUCAAGAACCAAUUAGUGCUUAUCCAGAAGUACAUCAGCGUUGCCAAGUACUGCGCUGAGAUGAGAAAUUUCGCUACCAGUGUCCAAGUAGUGGAUGCUCUUGAAAUGUUUGUGAUUCGACAACUACCGGUCUGGAAACAAGUCCCAAAUAAGGUGAUCCAAACGCUCGAAGAACUCAAGGCAAUCAAGGUUCUCUUGAAGACAGACAGCUCCUGGUUACUGAAGGACAACGCUUACCGCGAAAAGCCCACAAUACCUUGCGCGCUGUUAUUCCUCAUGCAUAUCCAGCAGCUGGAGCUUGGUGGAUUUACGCUGACUAAUGGCAUGUACAAGUGGACGAAAAUGAGGUCCAUAGCACGUUUAGUCGACCAGAUUCGCCUGUUCAAGCAAAUGCGAUACGCCUUUGAAUCGAACGAGGCGCUCAAAGAUCGUCUACGCAUGCGCAUCCAGGAAUGCAGGGAAGAGAACCUCCAUGCUCUUGCUGCCGAGAAUGCUACUAACUUCCAUCUGACCUCGUCUCAAAGCUCAAGGAAAUUCCAGGAGGCAUUUAAGAAAAUGAAAGCCACGUUUGGCAAUGGAUAAAGGACUGUAAGGGAGAAAUGUCGAUACCUGAAGCUCAUUCCUCUCUCCGGAAUCUCGUACCAAAAGCUUGCGUUUCUUCUAGCCUGCGAAGAACGGGGUCUCUGGCAUAAUCCGUUUUUUUGAGACCAGGAUUUCUUGGACUUCCGGUAAAAGAGCGCAUGCGUUCAAAGACUUGCCAAAAAUAAAUAUAAAUUUCCCCGAUUUCUAAUGUUUAUUUUGGUCGAAAGUAAAUACAGAACUCUGUUUUGAUGCAUGAAUUUCAUUGAUUAUAUUUCACUUUCUGGAAAUUUCGCAUGCGCCAAAAAAAUGGAUUAUGCCAGAGCUUUUGUUAUAUGCCGCAGGCCAGACGAAACGCAGGCUCUGGAUACGAGAUUGCUCUCCCCGUAGAUAGAGUAUAGUGAAAAGCCGGGACAUAUGUCAAGGAGUCCAGCUGAUCACUUGUCUGAGGUACUGCCGAAGAAAAUUGUUAAAGAAGAAAAAAGAUUACAACACUCGAAAAUUCCAGAACGCGCAACAGCAUUGACAUGAAACACUGAAAUGGCUUCCCAAUAUUUUUUAUGUGCUUCAUCCAAUCACAAUGCGUAGAUAUUUGAUUACGGUUAGUCUGCGUCAGAAGACUACGUAUUUGCCGUAUCUUUUGCUAUUUAGAAAAAACGUGCUACACAUCCUACUUGCAUACGGAUUUUGUCUUCGCCACUUUCUAUCAUUGCGUAGGGAAAUAACAAGACUGAUAUGAAUCAUAUUAAUAUAUUAUUCACUGUAAAAAAAAAAA